AUUUUUUGCGGGUCAGCCGUCCUGACCAUGAGCCGUAAUGGCGUCAGUGGCGCAGCAAGAUAGCUCGUGGUAACAAAAAAGCUUGAGGGACGAGGGCGGGGGCGGACUCACAGAGACGGUUUCCGGGUUUCCCUUCCUGGGCUGGGACAGCGGCAAUAGGCAGAAGCUCCAGUUGAUUAACAAUAAGUCAAAGUUACGCUCAGGCUCGUCGGCCAUCUAGUAAACCGCAGCAAUGUCUCAAUCUGGAGAGAAAGGAAAGUUCCCAGAUGCAGCAGGUUAUGUAGGUUUUGCCAACCUCCCAAACCAAGUGCACCGAAAAUCAGUGAAAAAAGGGUUUGAAUUUACCCUUAUGGUUGUUGGGGAGUCUGGCUUGGGCAAAUCGACACUUAUAAACAGCCUGUUUCUCACUGAUCUCUACCCUGAACGCUACAUCCCUGGUGCCGCAGAGAAGAUCGAGAGGACGGUGCAGAUUGAGGCAUCAACCGUAGAGAUCGAAGAGAGAGGAGUAAAGCUUCGCCUCACCGUGGUUGACACCCCUGGAUACGGCGAUGCCAUCAAUAGCCAGGACUGCUUCAAGACCAUCAUCCAAUACAUUGACAAUCAGUUUGAGCGAUACCUCCAUGAUGAGAGCGGGCUGAACCGAAGACACAUAGUGGACAACAGGGUGCACUGCUGCUUCUACUUCAUAUCUCCAUUUGGACAUGGUCUAAAGCCUCUGGAUGUGGAGUUCAUGAAAGCCAUCCACAGCAAAGUCAACAUAGUCCCAGUCAUUGCCAAGGCUGACACACUGACACUGAGGGAGAGAGAUCGCCUGAAGAGGAGGAUCCUGGAUGAGAUCGCAGAGCAAGGGAUCAGAAUUUAUCAGCUACCAGACGCCGACUCUGACGAGGACGAGGAGUUCAAGGAGCAGACCAGAGUCCUGAAGGCGAGCAUUCCCUUUGCUGUCAUUGGUUCAAACCAGCUGAUUGAGGUGAAGGGGAAGAAGAUCCGUGGUCGUCUCUACCCCUGGGGAGUUGUUGAAGUGGAGAACCCUGAGCACAAUGACUUCCUCAAACUGCGCACCAUGCUUGUGACCCACAUGCAAGACCUCCAGGAGGUAACUCAAGAUCUACAUUAUGAGAACUUCCGAUCAGAGAGGCUGAAGAGAGUGGGCAGGGAUGCGGAUGAGGAUGUGAUGGACAAGGACCAGAUCCUGCUACAGAAAGAGGCCGAGCUGAGACGCAUGCAGCAGAUGAUCGCUCAGAUGCAAGCACAGAUGAAGAUUAAAUCAGACGAAUGAAAGGGUCAGAGCAGAAUGGAAACAUGGUGAUACCAACCCCCUCAACACACACACACACACACACACCUGGUUUCCUCAGAAUCAAUCACUGACUGCUGGCAUGCUGCAGGUCCACCAGGAGUCAAGGUAUCCAGGGUCAAACCAUCUUUACGUGCACACCACUUCUUCUUCUCCCCUCCAAACAUCCAUCCAUCAGCUGUUCAGAGGCUUCUUGAACAUCUUAACAAGACUUCAGUUACAAUCCACAUAUAGACCAACUUAUUAUCUUACUUUUUGUCUUAAGUUACAAAUUUGCCAAGUUGGACUAGGAAAAUAAAAAAACAAAGUGACAACAAUGUUUUGAUACUGGAUGACUAACAUUGACAUAUCCAUUUUUUGGUCUUUAAUCUUAAUUAUGACUCCACAGUGCUACCAGUGAUAAUGGUACUAAAAGGUUUUGCCAUCACACUAUCCUAUUUACAAAAAUAUAUGUGUAAAUUAUGCAUUUUGCAAAAACAAGUUUUAGACUGCACCAUUUUUCAUUUUCAUUUUAUAUUGCUCUCAGGUUCAGAUUGGUUUUGAACGUGUUUUAUUUAACAUGUUUUAUGUUUGCUUAUGAGUGAUUCAUUAGCUCCUCACCUUAACCAUGGUUUCAGACCUUUAGUGCGUUAGUCUAAUACUGCAAUAACUAUAAAUAUUAUUUCGUGAAAUACAAGCGUGCUUGUGAAUGAUGUAAACUGUCCAUGCAGAGAACGAUGAAUGCUUUGUCCCUAAUUGUGCUUAACUAGAAACCUUAUUUUAUAGUCAACACUACAAACUUCAUUCUAGGCAAUUUAAUGUGCCUUAGCUGAAAAGCUACUAUCCAAGUAAUCAAUACUACUUUGUUAUAAAAAAGACAACCUGCCUUUUGGAUCAUUUUAUAGUUGAAUAAAAGUGCCAUCUUGUUUGUGCCAUCAUUAUUUUCUUGUUAAUAUUUUCUUUAUUCAUCAUCAAGAGCUGCAUGAUCUCAAUGUCAGUGCCAUAUUGCAACCGAACUAAACUGAAAACUAAUCACACAUUUCAGUCUAGUCACUUAAUGUGUCCAUAUUUGUUUCAGUGAUGUCAUUUAAAGCUACAGUUGGCAACUUUGAU